AUGGCUGUUGCUGCGAUCGCAUUCCCAGAAGACGCAGGGCCUGUGUCGCCGGUGAGGCCGCACGGGACGCUGCGGUAUGUGCUGCGGCUGCUUGCGUCGUCGGGCUACGGGCUCGCCGCGUUCUAUGCUGUUGUUUUGCUGGUCAUCAAGCCGAUGCUCAGGCUGAGCUUCGAACGGCGGCGGGAUCUGGCUAACCACUGUUUUGGCCAUCUGCGCGCUCUGUACGGGAACCUUGUGGACAAGGUCAAGUUUGUGCCGUCGGUAGAGCUGAACUACCGCGGCCUGCUGUAUAAGGACAGCAUGUGCUCGACAGAGACGGACGAAGACGACGUGGUGGUGCAGGAGGAGCACACUCGCGGGGUGCGUUUUGACGACGAGGUCGCCAGGAGGGACUACAACGAGCUCAACUUGUCGCAAACGGUGAUUUUGGGCCAGAACCUUGACAGACUAAAAGAUACACUCAACAAGAUACGAGUGAGCAGCUACCACCACAAAAAUAGUGUCCCCUCAUUUGGCGGCCGACUCGGGGCCAGCGAUGUGAGCGAGAUGCAGCCGCUGAUUUUUCAGGUUAAGCAGCUGAAGAAUUGCGUCGAAAUGGUGAGCACAGACCACCCCCGCGAGUAUUUAUUCAAAAGAAGCCUCAGCUACGCCCGGGGCCCCAACAAACUGAAUCUCGUGGAUGAUCUGCGCGACGAGCUGGCCGAUCUGCGCAGAGUCGUCCAGCAGGCUAAAAAUAGGUAG